AUGGCCGAGCCGCUCCGCAGGACUCUCUCCAAGCUCCGGGGCCGGCGGUCGCAGCGCGGGGCGGCGGCGGCCGCCGGGCACCGCCACGGCGGGAGCUGCGCCCCGCAGGAUUUAAUUGAAAAUGUUUACAUAGCUUCAAGAAGCAGGAGAGAACUUAAAACUCCUAAGACAAAUGAAGUCCCUGAACACAGGCCACAGAUGACCAGCAUUACUGUUUCGAAGAAACGCAACUGGCUACACCAGAGCUCUCACAGGUCUCCUCAUAUGGAAGAGGAAAACACAUGUAAGAAAAUGCAAGGGGCUGUUAUCCAGGUGCCUAAAUCUCCCAGUCCAUUACCUGAACCCAAAAUGCAGAAGGUUCCUUCCAGAUCACCCGUAGGGCCAGAAUAUACUGCAAGAGCCUACAGUUCUGCAGACGCCGUUCCAAACGCUACGAGCUCUUUCAUACUGAGAAACUGUACUCUAGACUUCAGUGAGGAUAACGAUGCAGAUGAUGAAGGAGAAAUAUGGUACAAUCCUAUCCCUGAGGAUGACGAGCCAGACUUCCCUAGAGUCCGCUCUUCUGUUGUGAAUAGCUCUGGUAUGGUGGACUCCCAAGCUGCCAGUUACAAAACCCUGCCUGGGAGUGACUUGGUUAAAGCUGAGGGGGCCCACGAAGGUCCGCCACGCUGCCCAGAGCACGCAGGGGACAGUCUCAUAGCUCAGCCUGGUGAGCUGAAUCCGUCUGGAGCCAUGUGUCCCCCAGAGCAUGCGCAGCUGUACAGGCAGAGGUUUGUGGGCAAGAGCCAGAGUGGGCCAGCCGCGGAAGACAGUUCGGCGUUUAAAUGUUCUCCACCAGGAUCUGGAAUCAUACUUGCACCCAAGACUGACAUACCACCAGCAGAAAUUUCUCCUCCAAGUCCUAGUCCUUUGAAGAAAGGUGGAUCAAUCAAUUGGCCUUUCCCAGAUAGAAUUAAAUCUCCCAGAACUGUGAGGAAACUUUCCAUGAAAAUGAAAAAGCUGCCAGAGCUCAGCAGAAAGCUGAGCGUCAAGGGAACUUCAAGCCAUAGUAGUAGUUCUGAUAAUCCUCCUUCUAUGCUGAAAGGUAACUGUCGGGAUACAAGCCAUACCACAUCUUUGCCGUCUUCUGGAAACUCAACAGCAGCUGCCAGCAGAAAUGUUAUAAGUCGUUACCAUCUCGACAGCAGCGUGUCAUCGCAACACACCUACAAAAAGAAAAGCACGAGGAGUUCCAAAUCCUCCAGCAAAGGUGGUUACCUCAGUGAUGGUGAUUCUCCUGAACUUGUAACAAAAUCGGGGAAACAUGGACAUGAAACCAAGUUUGGGAAAGGAAAGGAGACCCUUCCAAGCAACAGUAGCAAACCGGAAAUAGAUAUUGAUGCUUUUAGACACUACAACUUUUCUGAUCAACCCAAAUGUUCUCAGUACAUCUCUGGACUCAUGAGCAUUCACUUCUAUGGUGCUGAAGAUUUGAAACCACCAAGAAUAGACUCAAAAGAUGUCUUUUGUGCAAUACAAGUUGACUCAGUAAACAAAGCCAGAACAGCCCUGCUUACAUGUAGGACAACAUUUUUAGAUAUGGACCACACGUUCAACAUAGAAAUUGAAAAUGCUCAGCACUUAAAACUAGUAGUGUUCAGUUGGGAACCCACCCCACGCAAAAACCGUGUUUGUUGUCAUGGAACAGUGGUUCUUCCUACUCUCUUUCGAGUGACAAAGACACAUCAACUGGCUGUCAAGCUGGAACCAAGAGGGCUUAUUUAUGUCAAACUGUCGCUCAUGGAACAGUGGGAGAACUCUCUUGAUGGUCUAGAUGCAGAUCGAGAGCCAGUGAUGUUCGGGGUAGAUGCUCGAAAAGUUGUUGAGAAGGAAAAUGCAGGCUUGAUGGUACCGCUUUUGAUGCAAAAGUGUAUUCUGGAGAUAGAAAAGAGAGGCUGUCAGGUUGUGGGCCUGUAUCGAUUAUGUGGCUCAGCAGCAGUUAAGAAAGAGCUUCGAGAGGCAUUUGAGAGAGAUAGCAAGGCUGUUUCUCUCUGUGAAAACCAGUACCCAGAUAUUAAUGUGAUAACAGGUGUCCUAAAGGAUUAUCUGAGAGAGCUGCCCUCUCCCCUGAUAACCAAACAGCUGUAUGAAGCAGUGCUGGAUGCAAUGCUGAAAAAUCCCUUGAAAAUGACAGCAAGUGGUUGUGAAAAUGACCCAAGUGAUUCUGAGCUCACAGCAGCCCUCCUGGAUUGCCUGCCAGAUGUUGAGAAGGCUACCCUGAAGAUGCUAUUGGAUCACCUGAAGUUGGUGGCUUCCUACCACGAAAUAAAUAAGAUGACAUGCCAGAAUUUAGCUGUAUGUUUUGGUCCUGUUUUACUGAGCCAGAGGCAGGAGACCAGCAGUCAUAGUAACAGAGUCUUCACAGACUCGGAAGAACUUGCUAGUGCUCUGGACUUCAAAAAGCACAUAGAAGUUCUUCAUUACUUACUCCAGCUAUGGCCAGUACAUCGUUCAACUGCCAAAGACCCAAUGCAUCCGAAUGCAUUUUCAGAGCACCCAUCGUCCCUGAAUUACCUGAGACCUAAGAAGCAAAGACCUCAGAUGCUGAAUCUAAGUGGUACUGAAAUGUCUGGGGUGCUUAGGCCAAGACCAGCAGGUCUAGACAGCCCUUCAAGUAACCGCUACGCGGGAGACUGGAGUAGUUGUGGGGAAAACUACUACUUAACCCCCAAAGAGAGCCCAAAUGAAGCAGACUAUGAUGACGUCCCUUCGGAAGACACAGAAAGUGGGGAUGAUAGCAACAAAGUUGAUGGGUCGGAUAGCCUGAUAAAGCAUCCGCAGUCCAUUCCCAAGGAACACACGUUUCAGAGCUAUUUGACAAUGCAAGAGAUCGAUUCGGCAGUGGACCGCAGAGCGAACCUCAAAGACCUGCAGGAAAGUAUUGAUACUCUGAUAGGAAACCUGGAAAGGGAACUCAACAAAAACAAACUAAAUAUGAGUUACUGACUCCUGUUCUGUGUGAUACCUCCUCGUAGUACUUCUCUGCCCUCACCUGGCUCCCCAUUAAGGUGUGUGGAGUGCUGGUUUCCAUGAACACACUGUCAUAAGGCCCACCUUGAAUUAACAAAUCCACUUUAAGACAUUCCAUUAUGUUUCAUCAUUUUUUUAUUAGAAGAAUGCGUUGGCCUGACCUUCUGGUGUUUGAGACAGAAACACAGAGAACGAAGUGAUUCUAGAAAGUGGUGGCAUUUUCUCCCUAAAAAUACUAUGCACUUAGGCAGUUUGGGCAAUAUCUGACAGAAGAUAAAGCAACAACAAUAAUAAUAGAACUUCUUGUUCCUGAGAUUUUAAUUCUGGUACAGAUGCUCCCCUCAGAAGAGGAUUAACGCUGCUUGGCCUGAGAUUUGCAGCAUGAACUUUAGAUAGACUCAUUUUACUAUAUAUGCAAUGGCUGCUAUGAGAAAUGCUUUAUAUAUAUAUAUAUAUAUAUAUAAAAAAAAUAUUUAUAUAUAAAGUUUUAAUUGUACAAAUAUUAAUGUAUUCGUGUAUUAACACUUUUCAGUAAUUAUUUAAACAAGCAAGAAUUAAAUAUUUUUCUAACCUUGUUUGUAUAUAUUUAUGUAUAAAUGUGCAUGUCUCUGUAGCCACCUUUUGCAAAGGAAAAGAAUAAAAAUUACGUAAGGGUACCGCUUCUAAGAAAACAUGUUUAACGAUGCCAAGAUUAAGUUACCACUUCAGUAACAUAGCAUUUGAUUUAUACACAGAAAUAUGUCCAGAGAGAAGGCAAGGUGAAUGAUUAAUGUAAAUGACCUUGCGUGUUGCAGGUGCAUCAGUUCACAGGUGUUGACUAUUAACUAUACUAAAAAAACCCCCAAAAAACACAGAUUAAUUUUAAGAAUUUUCCAGGAUUACUAGCAGUGAAUUGUUCUGCUGUCUUUAAGGGGUAACAAAAUAUGCACAGUAAGGAGAUGAAGGUACUGUUCAUUAUUUUUAAAGUUUUUUUUUCCCACGAUUUUUGAUACCUAAGGAAGGCAUGGUAGGUGUUUACUUUUUAAAGACUUUUGGCUUUGUCCUUGUAACCUCUUACCUUAUUCCUGAUAUUUUGAUACUUGUUUUUUCUCCAGUUUCAGGUAGUUUUGCUGAGGUAACUUUGGUUGACUGCUGGUUGUUAAGUGUUUAAGCUCUCUUUGGAGGAGAUGAAGGUCUCGGAUCCUAUACAAAAGCAAUUAUUUUUCCUCUGAAUCUUUUAGUUAAAUUAGUCUCUGAAAAAUGGAAAUCUGAGUUUUUACAGAGUCUGGGGCUUGUGGGUGGGAUUGCAACCUGCUGUGACUUGGUUAGAUUCAGCUAUUGCCAUACUCUCAGAUCACCUUUUAUCUUUAGUCAUUUAUGAUGAAUAAUUAAACAUUUCAUGUUAACAAAACACAUUCUUUGUUUAACCAAAAAUAGAUACCAAGUUGCUUACAGAUUUUUGAUAGUCACUCGUAACAAAGAAACAAACUCAUCGCUUUUCCUUUGCAGGUCACCCUCAGUGAGGAACAGGGGAUUUGGGAGGGUCAGGGCUAGAUGGUCAUUUUGUUUUGAGACUUCAAACACCAAAUCUGUGUCAGCUGGCAGGAUAGAAUUUAAUUUCUCCCCCCUUUUUGGUACAGUGUUGACAUCCCACCGUGGCUUUCCAUUUACCAUGUGGGUAAGUGCUUUUUUUUGCUAAUGCCAUACUUCAAUAUAUUACGUAAUUGUAGAGUUAUUUGUUUACGGUAGCAAGGGAUUAAGAAUUGCUAUGACAAAUGCCAUCACUCAUUUUUAAGGAAUUAUUUUAGCAUGGUUUCAAAUGGUUUAUUCAAUCUCAUUAAUUUAUUUCUUAUAAGUGUUAAAAGAUGCAAAACAAUUAUUGCAAUAUAAUGAUAAUGUAUGAAAAUGUAAAUUUAACCUGAAGCAUUUAUUAGUAAAUCAAUGUAUUUUUUUAAACUUUUAUACCUACAGAGUGCGCAUACUUUUUAAACUAUAAAUUUUAAUUCUAAAUAAAAUUUGAAUUAAGAACAAAAUUUGAUUAAGCGUAGUUAGUGAUUAUUUAAAGCCAGUCUUAGCUGGCAAUAUGCAUUGGCAGCACGUGUGAAUUAAUUUUGUAGACGUUUGAUUUUUCAGAAGAUGUUUUGUGUGAUGUUUUGUCUAGGUUUACCCACUAUUUCUCUUACAUAAUUAAAAUAUAACUACUCAAUUUUAACUCAAAAGCAGUAAUAUUUUAAGGAACUAUUCAAACACUGUUUUGACAGCAUUUCUUCACGUAUUGCAGAGAUUCUCAUGCUUUUGUAUAUAGCCUGUCUCCUGUAUUGAGCAUGUAAAUUCAUUAAAAUUAGUUAAAAGA